CCGCGUGCAAUGCAUGCUGCAAGAGGCGCGUCCUGCUGGAGUCAACGGCGUUCCCGUAGGCUUACCCAAGGGGGCCGUUCCGAACCGACCCAUCCUGGAAGUUCCCGACUGGGAGAACCAAUACCGACGCCCCACCGGGCGACAUCCACAACCCACACCCGCCUCCUUAAGCCGCCUCCGCCUCUUUUCCGGCACGUCCAACCCGAUCCUGGCGAAUGAGGUUGCGCACUAUUUAGGACUGGAGCUAGGGAAAAUCAAGUGCAAACGGUUUGCUGACGGCGAAAUCUAUGUCCAAAUCCAGGAGUCCAUUCGCGGCUGUGACGUGUUUUUAAUUCAGCCCACGUGUCCCCCCGUCAACGACCACCUUAUGGAACUGCUCAUCAUGAUUGACGCAUGCCGCCGCGCUUCGGCCCGCUCCAUCACCGCUGUCGUGCCGUACUACGGCUACGCGCGCGCCGACCGCAAAGUCCAGGGUCGAGAAUCUAUCGCCGCCAAGCUGACGGCCAAUCUAAUCACGGAGGCCGGUGCCGAUCGAGUCUUGGCCAUCGACUUGCACUCGGGACAGUGCGUCGGGUACUUUGAUAUUCCUGUGGAUCAUGUUUACGGGGAGACGGUAAUUUUGGAUUACCUGGCCUCGAAACGAAUUGCAACAGGGGACCUUGUAGUGGUGUCGCCGGAUGUGGGCGGCGUGGCGCGUGCGCGCGCAUUUGCAAAGAAGCUGAACGACGCGCCGCUGGCGAUUGUGGACAAGCGGCGCUCGGCGCACAACGUAUCGGAGGUCAUGAAUCUCAUUGGUGAUGUGCGCGGCAAGGUGGCGGUGCUCGUGGAUGAUAUGAUUGACACCGCCGGGACGAUUACCAACGCGGCCAAGGUGCUGGCCAAGGAGGGCGCCCGGGAGGUGUACGCCUGCGCCACUCACGCGGUGUUCUCACCACCAGCAGUGGAGCGCCUAUCAAGCGGUGUAUUCCAAGAGGUCAUUGUCGCCAACACUAUCCCGGUGCCGCCGGAGAACAUUUUCCCGCAGCUGACCAUUUUGUCGGUUGCCAACUUGCUCGGAGAGACCAUUUGGCGCGUCUACAACGCCGCGUCGGUGCAGGCGCUGCGAGAUUGAUUAAUGAAGGGGGAAAGGAGAAGAAGGAAUCGGCCAGAAGCUUAGAGAGCAGCGUUGGCAGCUUGGUGGAUGACGAGCGUGUGGAAGAGAAGGCGGUAUUAGAAGGAACCGUGGGUCGCUGCAGGUGCCAUUGGGAGAGCGCCAGGCGAUGUGUUCUUGAUGUUAGCGGGGCAGCAGCCGGCGGUUUGCCGACCUCCGGCUUGGCAAUGGAAUGUGAAUUCCGGAUUUCAGAUUCCUUCGCACUUCCUGCGUCAACGUCGUUGACGACGGCAGGCGCCC